AUGAUCCCAUGCCCCACGCCAGCCAGCUGCGCUGUGCUGACCGGCGAAAAAGUUGCGGCGGAUCAGUCGUUCUUGAGCGAUCUGGAGCAGAAUCGAGAACUGAUUAGUCUUCACAAGGAGCUCCUCGCCAAGCAUGAGCAGCUCUUCGAGAGCAUGCAGGCGAAGUCCUUGGCUGUGUUGACCAAAGGCAGACGUGCGAAGACCGAGGAAGAACUGGUCUCCGGCCUCGUCGCAUACGACGUGAGACCAGACUCUGAGCAGGACGAGGUGGUCGAGGCUGCAGAAACCGUUCGACCUUCCUUCCACCGGGUGGAUACCACCGGUCGGCCCUCGUUCCAGCGGGCGGAUACUUUCGACAGCCUCGAGGAGAAGCUAAAAAUGCAGGAGGCAGAGCAGACGGCAUUUGACCUGACGGGGCUCCAGUCGAUGUCCCUUCCGCAUCUGAGGCGGCAUCAGAGCUUGCUGCGCCAAGCUGCACAGUAUGGGGGUCUCGUCCGUAAAGCUCUGAGCUGCGCGGCGAGCGCUGCAAAGUUCCUGGAAUCUGUUACUGAACCACCUCGCACGGGCUUUGUGGCCACGCUGCUCCUGAGCAGCUUCUUCCAGUCAAUAUCUCUGGGAGUGAUAGUGCUGAAUGCCGCCUGGAUCACGGUCAUGACCAACUACGAGCUGUCCCGACCGGGCGAAGAGGUGCAGCAAGUUCUGGAAGUCGAACUCGCUUUUUCUGCCUUCUACCUCUUUGAGGUCUUGGCCAAGCUGUACGUCCACCGCUUCUAUUUCUUUCGUGCGCAGGACCGAUGGUGGAACAUUUUUGACUUCUUCCUCGUCGUGACUGUCCUGGUAGAGCACCUCCUUACAGCCAGUGCUUCUGGCAGUGUGAGCAGCGGAUCGGGAUUUGAUGUGAUGUUCCUGCGGCUUCUCCGCCUCUGCAAGCUGGCUCGGAUCCUUCGCAUCUUUCGGCAGUUGCAGUUCUUCCAGGAGCUCCGACUGAUGCUUGAGUGUGUGGCGGGCUCUGUGGUCAAUGCUUUCUGGUGUGUGAUUUUGCUCUUCUUCACCAAGUUCAUCUUCGCCCUUCUCCUGGGGCAGGCGUUGGUAGGAUACUUUGCUGACAUUGCCCGCACGGAAGACAUCACCUCGGAGCACUCGAGAGAGCUGCAAUCCUUGUUCCGCAACGUGUUUCAGACCAUGAUCACUCUGCUUCAGGCCACAACUGGUGGCAUUGACUGGAACGAGCCUUACAAGGCGCUUGAGAGAACUGGUUGGGCAAUGCCUGUGAUCUUCGUUAUGUUCAUCCUGCUCUUCGUCGUGUCGAUCUGGAACAUUGUGACAUCCAUCUUCGUUGAGGCUGCGCUAAAGGCUGCAACUCCGGACUUUGAUGCUGUGGUGUGGGAGCAGACCAACCAGGAGAAGAAGCUUUCACAGGAGCUCAUCGAUGUUUUCGUGGGUCGUGCAACCUAUCACGGCGAGGACGUGGGAUCCAUUUCCCUCGAGGACUUCCGCCCAAUGGCGGAGGAUCCCCGGUUCCGGGGAUACUUGUCCGCGAGGGGCAUCGACAUCAAAAAUGUCGAGUCCUUCUUCAACAUGCUCACCUCGGAUAAAGACAAGCAGGAAGUGGACGUUCGAACGCUAGCCAAUGCCUGCGUUCGGAUGAAAGGAUUUGCAACCAGCAUAGAUCUGCUCCAGAUGAGUUUCGACAUGAAGACCACCUUCCGGCAGCAAACGGGCUUGCUUCGACGGUUUGCGAGGAGCCUCCGGCGUAUGGAGGACAUGAUGAUGGACCAGUCCCCGAGGAGGGGAACAUCGAGGCUGAAUGUCUUCACCGAGCUGGGCGACCUCGACGAUGUAGCAAGCUGCAAUUCGCCCAGCUAG